GAGCUUGCCAUUAACAGAGUCUGAAGCAUCAGGAGAUGACGCCUCUGAAAUUUUUAGUAAAGAUUUCACAACCAGUAUCUCACCUCAUACUACAACUAAAUCAGAUGAAGAUCUCAGUAAAACACCAUCUGAAACAACAGAAACAAUCUUAGCGUCCACCUUGUCAGAUGCUGUAGAAACUCAAGAUCAGACAACUGAGGCACAUAGUAGAGAACCUGUUUCCUCUCUUGACUCUACUGAAAUUAGUACAGGACAUACAUUAACAUCAUUGAGCACUGAACACUCAACAGGAAGAACAGUCACAAGUCAAGAUGUUACUUCACAUACAGCAACAACCACAGCGACUGUAAUGGAGGACAGAGAGCUGUCAGCAAAACCAUCUGAGUCCACCAUUAUUGAUGUUUCAGAGACUCGUUUCUCCUCUGCUCAGACUGAACAAUUAGACAAGACAUUAUCUGAAAGUACUGUCACAGUGACCUCAGAGAAGACAACUGUCAAAGACGCUUUUACGCCAUCAAGUUUUUCUUUAAGCUUGCCAUCAACAGAGUUUGAAGGUUCAGGAAAUGAGACCUCUGAUAUGUUUAUCAAAGAGAUCACAACGACAAGUUCUUCAAUUUAUCCUGCAACCAAAUCGGACCAAGAACUUACCGAAACACCAUCUGACAAAGCAGAAAUCGUUGUGUCCAGCUCAACAGAUGCUGAAGCUACAAGAGAUCAGACAACUGAGGCACAUAGUAAAGAACUUGCUUCCACUAUUGACUCUACUGAAACUAGUACGGUACAUGAAUUUACAUGGAGCACUGGGGAGUCAACAGGAAGAACAGUCACAAGUCAAGAUAUUACAUCACACACAACAAGAUCCACAAUGACUGUGAUGGAGGACAAAGAGCUGUCAGCAAAACCAUCUGAGUCCACCAUUAUUGAUGUUUCAGAGAAUCUGUUCUCCUCUGCUCAGACUGAACAUUUAGACAAAAUAUUAUCUGAAAGCACUGUCACAAUGACCUCAGAGAUGACAACUGCCAAAGAUAUUCUGUCACCAUCAAGUUUUUUUUCAAGCUUGCCAUUAACAGAGUCUGAAGCAUCAGGAGAUGACACCUCUGAAAUUUUUAGUAAAGAUUUCACAACCAGUAUCUCACCUCAUACUACAACAAAAUCAGAUGAAGAUCUCAGUAAAACACCAUCUGAAACAACAGAAACAAUCUUAGCGUCCACCUUGUCAGAUGCUGUAGAAACUCAAGAUCAGACAACUGAGGCACAUAGUGGAGAACCUGUUUACUCUCUUGACUCUACUGAAAUUAGUACAGGACAUACAUUAACAUCAUUGAGCACUGAACACUCAACAGGAAGAACAUUCACAAGUCAAGAUGUUACUUCACAUACAGCAACAACCACAGUGACUGUGAUGGAGGACAAAGAGCUGUCAGCAAAACCAUCUGAGUCCACCAUUAUUGAUGUUUCAGAGACUCUGUUCUCCUCUGCUCAGACUGAACAUUUAGACAAGACAUUAUCUGAAAGUACUGUCACAAUGACCUCAGAGAAGACAACUGCCAAAGAUUUGCUGUCACCAUCAAGUUUUUUUUCAAGCUUGCCAUUAACAGAGUCUGAAGCAUCAGGAGAUGACACCUCUGAAAUUUUUAGUAAAGAUUUCACAACCAGUAUCUCACCUCAUACUACAACAAAAUCAGAUGAAGAUCUCACUAAAACACCAUCUGAAACAACAGAAACAAUCUCAGUGUCCACCUCAUCAGAUGCUGUAGUUACACAAGAUCAGAUAACUGAGGCACAUAGUAGAGAAUCUGUUUCCUCUCCUGACUCUGCUGAAAUUAGUACAGGACAUACAUUAACAUCACUGAGCACUGAGCACUCAACAGGACAAACAGCCACAAGUCAAGAUGUUACUUCACAUACAGCAACAACCACAGCGACUGUGAUGGAGGAAAGAGAGCUGUCAGCAAAACCAUCUGAAUCCACCAUUAUUGAUGUUUCAGAGACUCUGUUCUCCUCUGCUCAGACUGAACAAUUAGACAAGACAUUAUCUGAAAGUACUGUCACAGUGACCUCAGAGAAGACAACUGUCAAAGACGCUUUUACACCAUCAAGUUUUUCUUUAAGCUUGCCAUCAACAGAGUUUGAAGGUUCAGGAAAUGAGACCUCUGAUAUGUUUAUCAAAGAGAUCACAACGACAAGUUCUUCAAUUUAUACUGCAACCAAAUUGGACCAAGAACUUACCGAAACACCAUCUGACAAAGCAGAAAUCGUUGUGUCCAGCUCAACAGAUGCUGAAGCUACAAGAGAUCAGACAACUGAGGCACAUAGUAAAGAACUUGUUUCCAUUAUUGACACUACUAAAACUAGUACGGUACAUGAAUUUACAUGGAGCACUGGGGAGUCAACAGGAAGAACAGUCACAAGUCAAGAUGUUACUUCACAUACAGCAACAACCACAGUGACUGUGAUGGAGGACAAAGAGCUGUCAGCAAAACCAUCUGAGUCCACCAUUAUUGAUGUUUCAGAGACUCUGUUCUCCUCUGCUCAGACUGAACAUUUAGACAAAAUAUUAUCUGAAAGCACUGUCACAAUGACCUCAGAGAUGACAACUGCCAAAGAUAUUUUGUCACAGUCAAGUUUUUUUUCAAGCUUGCCAGUAACAGAGUCUGAAGCAUCAGGAGAUGACACAUCUGAUAUGUUUAGCAAAGAUUUCACAACCAGUUCCUCACCUCAUACUACAACAAAAUCAGAUGAAGAUCUCACUAAAACACUAUCUGAAACAACGGAAACAAUCUCAAUGUCCACCUCAUCAGAUGCUGUAGGAACACAAGAUCAGACAACUGAGGCACAUAGUAAAGAACCUGUUUACUCUCCUGACUCUUCUGAAAUUAGUACAGGACAUACAUUAACAUCACUGAGCACUGAGCACUCAACAGGAAGAACAGUCACAAGUCAAGAUGUUACUUCACAUACAGCAACAACCACAGUGACUGUGAUAGAGGACAAAGAGCUUUCAGCAAAACCAUCUGAAUCCACCAUUAUUGAUGUUUCAGAGACUCUGUUCUCUUCUACAAAAGCAGAAUAUAUGGAUGAAAAAACAUAUGAAAGCACAACAACUUCACAGAAGACAACUGCCAAAGAUGUGCUGUCACCAUCAAGUUCUUCUUCAAGUUUGCUAUCAACAGAGACUGAAGCUUCGGGAUAUGACACAUCUGAGGACAAUAAGUUCAUAACAAGUCCUUCAUUGUACACCACAACCAGAUCAGACCUAGAUCUCAACAAAACCAAAGCAACAAUCUCAGUGUCCAGCUCAACAGAUGCUGAGGCGACAAGAGAUAAAACUGAUCACUCGACAGAAAAAGACUUUGCAACAACAGGUUCUUCAUUGCACAGCACAACCAAAUCAGACCAGGCAUUCACUAAAACACCAUCUGACACAGCAGAAAUAUUCUCAAUGUCCAACUCAACAGAUGCUGAAGCUACAAGAGGUCAGACUGAUGCACAUAGUAGUGAACCUGUUUCCUCUCCUGACUCUACUGUAACUAGCACAGAACAUCCAUUUACAUCAAGCACUGGGGACUCAACAGGUCAAACAGUCACAAGUCAAGAUAUCAUAUCACAUAAGGCAACAGCGGCUGUGUUGGAGGACAAAAAGCUGUCAGCAAAACCAUCUGAAUCCACAGUCACUGAUGUUUCAGAGGCUCUGUUCUCCUCUGCUCAGCCUGGACAUUUUGGUACUUUCACAAGUACAAUUAUACCAAAGAUGACAACAUCCAAAGAUGUUCUGUCACUGUCAAGUUUUGCUUCCGUUUUGCCAUCUUCAGAGUAUGAUGGUUCAGGAGAUGACACCUCUGAUAUGUUCAGUAAAGAGUUCACAACAAGUUCUUCGCUUCAUAUUACAAUUAAAUCAGACGAUGAUAUCACCAGAACUACAACUCCUGUUAAAAUGCAAACAGAGCAAGCCACACUAGCCCUUUUCCCAGUACCUUCUACAGACAUGACAAAUACAAGCUCUGUGUGGACUUCAACUCAUGCAGAGAUCCCAAGAAUUCAGCCAACAGAGAGACAUCAAGCAGAAUCCCUUUCCACAUUUCCCUCUACCAUCUCAGAUGAAAAAGUUCAGGAGGAGGUUUCAAGUGAUGAAGACAGAAUUACACCGACAACUAAAUCAUAUGAUCAUUAUAUUGUAGCCACUGAUGAGGCAGAAAUUCAUGAGACUGACCAAACAUCAGAACCAGUGAGGUCUGAAAGUUCUUCACAUUCCACAUCAUCCACAACAGAAUUGUUUUCCAACACAGUCCAAACAGUAAUUAUAGACUCAUCUUCUGAACAAGGCAGUGGAGACCUAUCUGAAAAUGAAGUAGUUGAAGAUGGUGGUUCUGGUGAGAUAUCUUCUGCUGUUGUAGAAUCAACUCCUCCCCAAGUUACACCAUCAGAGGACAAGACAACUGUUGUUGGUUUUGAGCCAAUUGCUUCUUCUGGAGUGCUGCCAUCAGAAAAUAUAACUGCAAGAAUAGAUGCUAAAAUAACUGUGAGUGGAGAAGCUAGAUCAAGCUCAUUUUUUACUCAUACCACAUCUCCCUCAUCUAUGAUCAGUACAGUCACAAGUCAAGAGGUCAUGACAUCUCAAAGAGAGAUUGUCUCCUCAGCAACUGAAUUUGAAUCAAGUUACACAACAACACAGCCUGUUAGUACAAAAUUCACAGAGUCUGUUGUUGCCACCCACACAGCCCCAGAGUCUUCCAGACCUUCUCAUACUAUUACAGAAUCACAGUUGACUAGACACACUACAGAAUCAAGUCAUACUGCAAUUGGAUCAAGUAAACUUAGCCACACUUCAGUGGCAACAGUUGAAUCUGGCCACACUGUACCUUCAGCUAUCCAAACAACUCCUGGUUCUUUUAAGCAUAGCCAAACAUCAACAGUCACUGAAAGUUACGAAGCGACUUCAGCUCCUCUCAGGACAAGAACAAUGUUUACAUCACCUUCUAGCAAAAGCCAUAGCAGGCACACAACAAUCUCAUCUGUAGAUUUAGAGGACGACACAACAGAUGAAGAAGAAUCAGGGGAGUCCCCUGUUGUGCAUGUUUCAUCAGCAGCCAUCAAAACUCAGACUGGUUCUCCUACAAUUCAUAUAACCAGCACUAGCUUUACAGAACUUGACAGGGACAUCACUGUAACACAAAGCUUGAGCUCCGUCACAUCUACCUUUGUAGAGAGAGAGGGCUCUGGUAUUGUUGAAGAUGACCAGGAAACCACUCAACUAGAGGGUUCUGGUGAAGAGGACAGAGUGAGUCCAACAGCUGAAAUGUAUGAUAAUUAUACUGUGGCCGCAGAUAAGGCAGAAAUCAGUGAGUCUUACCACACAUCAGAGCCAGUACGUUUUUCAAGUUCCUCCCAUUCCACAUCUUUCACAACUGAAAUAUCCCCAGCAGAUCUUGAGUCACAGCCACAGAGAACUGAAACCACACCUGCUGCAGUUGUGUCAAGCACAUCUGAAACGUCAUCAGUGUCAGAGACACAAAAGAGUACCUUACAGCCAAGUUCUCCAGAAAUCAACUUGUCUUCAUUAUCAGCCACAAAGGAUGACGAGGAAUUUUCCUCACCUGGAGAUCCUACUGAUGAGAUAUCCAAAACACCAACAACUAAGUCAUAUGAGGACCUAACUGUUAGAACUGAUGAAGCAGAAGUAUAUGAAACUGAGGAAAAAACUCAAGUCAACUUAGGUUUCUCAAGUGCUGCAUCUGUCACUGGCAGUACAGAUUUCAUACAUCAGUCAACUUUAUCCCCAUUUUCCUCAUUCCUGAGCUCCACUCAGUCAACUGUAACAUUUACAACUUCACUUUCAGAGGAUGGCAGUGGGGAAGACUCAACAGAGGGGGAUGGAGCAGAAGAUGAUGGAUCAGGUGACGACAUAACUCCUGUGACAUCGUCACCUUUGCUCUCAAAAAUGACAGAAACAACAAUUAGUAUGACACCCUUCAGCUCAGUCAGCAGUGGACAAGACAGUACAGACAAAGUUGUUUCACACAGAACCACAACACCUCAAAUGCAGAGUGUGUUCUCAAGCACAAAUGCUGAAGGUUUCACUCUGGUCUCAGAGACAGCACAAACAGAGCAGGAACCUUCUGGUGGUUCUGUCUCAGAGUCAACAUCCACUAGCUUCACUGGUCCCGAAACACAUUCUGAUGUGGUAAUCAGCCACACUGCAUUGCCUUCUUUAGUGACAUCUCAAGGUCCUGUGUCCACCCCUACUCCAUCUGUCUUCUCUAAGGACAAUGCUGAUAAGCAAGUCUCUUCUACAAGCCCAGUCUUAAUAUUCACAGAGGAGGAAGAUGAAGAUAAGCUGUUUUCAACUGUAACAGAGAGUAUGAGAGAUCAUAGCAUCAAACCAGAUGUUACCAGUAAGGAUGAAAUAAUCCUUGAUGCAGAUACUAUGUCUGUUUUAGAGCAGUCUUCACCUUUUGCCCCUACAAUUGUUACAGAAGAAGCAGGUGGAGUAACCCCAGUUGUCAUGAUGGCACAGCCCUCAAGCAUUAUGACAGAGGAACCAGAGGGAUCUGGAACGGAUGGCACCGAGUUACCUCAGUUACAUGUGUCAUUUGGAACCUCCACAGAUGAGUUAAUAGUUCAACAAACAACAUCAACCCCAGACAUCCUGCAGAGCAGUUCAACAUAUGUAGAUGAGGAAACACAAGCAACACAAACAGAAACUCCUGAGGCUACCCAUGCUGAUGUAAAUGAACACACAAUAGAUCGUCAGACCUCCACAGAAUCCAAACAAGUUACAAUGGAGACACUGACUGAUGACUUCUCAGGAGACACUGUGUCUACUGAAGAUUAUAAUGUGAAAACAUCCACUUUAACCCCCAAAUCAUCUCAAGUGUCCACAGACAGAGUCAUAGAAAUAAUUUCAGCUGAAGAGGACCAAUCUGAGGAUGUUCUACACAUUCAGACCCUAUUAACACCGACAACAGAAAGAAAGACAACACCUCUACCCUUUCAUACAAUAUCUUCUGAGGUGGAAGCUUCAAGUGAACUAACAGACCUAUAUGAACCAGUUCAAACAACUAUAUCCAAUUACCCUUUCACUUCAUCCAUUGCUGUUACAAGUAGUUCUCUAUAUGUUGAUUCUGUUUCACCUGAAGAAUCAAUUUACUUUACUGGAAAUGAUGCAACAUCUGUUUCUACACAACAUUCAGAUGAGAUUACAGACUCUGAACAGUCAGUCUCUCCAGUAUCAGAUUUAAAAAGCACUGCAUCCUUCCAUUCUGCAUCAGAUCAAACGUCUGUAACAGAUUCAGUAACAGUACUUAUGGAUUUAGAAAGUGUUAGCAUGGCUGAACCUGCCAAAACCACUGCAAGUACAUACACUGGAACAGCAGUAACAUAUGUGGAGGAUUUAACAGCUGACACAGAGGAAACAUUAGACAUCACAAGUGUUGAUGGCAUUGUACUAAGUAGUCCCUCUUCUGAUAAGGUAAUUCAGGGGAGUGAAUUAACAAGCACAGAUAUAUCAUCUGGUAUUUCAGAGGAAACCACAAGUGCAUUAUUUUCUUUAACAGAUGAUGGCUCAGGUGAUCAAACUAUUGAAAUGUCUAUAGGACUGCCUGAUUCAACAGACUCACCUUUAAGAGCUGCAGUUUCUUCAUCUGUGGAGACUGAUAUUGUGUUUCACGUAUCAAUGACCCCCUUGUCUGAAGCAAUCACAGUAACUGAUGGGGAACCAUAUCAGCAAGCUUUGUCUGAGAUGACAGUGACACAUAAGCCCAACACAGACAUCAGGACCAAUGAAGAUGUGCCGUUCCCAUCAACAACCCGUCCAACACACCUUAUAUCUGCAUCAAUAAUUAAUAUGACUAUGGGCAUUGUAACAUUAGUUGGGUCUCCUUCAUCUACACCCAUACCAAUUCUGAGUGACAAAACAGAAACUCCACUUUCCUCUGAGGAAGGGACAGAUGACGUAAUAGAUUAUGACACAAAAACUGAACCUUACAAAGUUGAGUCCAUAUCAGAUGUCAUGAACAAAACAGACAUUGAGAAUGAGACUGCCUUAGACGUUAGCUCAGAAGAUGUGACAAGCAUUGAUGAAAUCACCAAACCUGUAGGGGAGAAGAGCUUCACCACCUCACAGCCUGAUGUUGAGACAAGCUUUAUGACCACCUCACAGCCUGAUGUUGAGACUGAUUUGGAGACCGCAUCACAGCAUAAGUUUGAGACAAGCUUGGAGACCACCUCACAGCCUGAUGUUGAGAUUGGUUUUGAGUCCACCUCAGAGUCUGAAGUUGAAACUAGCUUUGAGACCAUCUCAGAAUCAAAAAUUGACAUUGACAUCGAGACCUCCACAAAACCUGUGGAGGAUAGUGCAACAAGUAUUGAUGGAAUCACACAAGCAGACGUUUUGGAUACCAAGACCACCUCUCAUCUUGACACUGAAAAAAGCGUUGAGAUAACCAUGCAACCAGACAUUGAGAGUGUCUCAAGAACUGACAGUGAUGCAUCAGUCACCAGCUCUGGGGACAUAAACACCAUAUCAUCCAAUAAGCAACACAUCACAACAAGACUUUUUGAUGUCACAGAUGAACCAAGUUCUGCUUCUGUUAGUGAAGAAAAAUCCUUGGAAGAAGAAAGAGUUGAGCAUACAACCCAACCUGAACUAUAUGACUCGGAAGUCAGGACCACUGCACAACCUCAAUAUUAUGGUUCUAUAACUUCCAGUAGCUUGAAAAGCAGCUCAGAGGAGGAUUCGGUUAUCCCAGAUAUCCCCUCAUCUCAUGAGGUUCAGGCAGUGAUUCUGUCCACGGCAACAACCUCACAUUUACUUCUGACACCCGAGACUGAUGUAAAGAUUGUCAGUAAGGAAACUGCCUCAAGGAAACAAGAGGCAGCUGGUCAGAUAGAGGAAGCUGUAACUCUUGCAACUGAGAUUCCUAUUCAAGAAACAGAAGAUCAAAUGACACCCUCAGUGCUUACAACUCUGAGUGAGACUGCAACACCAUUUGCUUCUCAUCAAGAUGUUUCUGAGGCCACUUUGGUUGAAAGCUCACCUCCAAGUUCACAGAAUGAAAGCAGUUCAGCAGACCUUGCAUACACAAUGAUUGGGCAAACAGUAGAUAUUGCAGGUGUUCACUCCUGUACUGAUGAUGUUUGCUUGAAUGGCGGUUCUUGUUUAAAAAUAGGCAGUGAUCAGAUCUGCAGCUGUCCACCUGGAUACACUGGUGAACAAUGUGAAAUAGACAUUGAUGAAUGUCACACAAACCCUUGUCGGAAUGGAGGAACAUGUAUUGAUGGCCUAAACUCAUUCACCUGUGUAUGUCUUCCAAGUUAUGCAGGAGCACUGUGUGAGCAAGACACUGAAACAUGCAGCUACGGCUGGCACAAGUUCCAGGGCCACUGCUACAGAUACUUUCCUCAUCGGCGUAACUGGGACACAGCAGAGCGUGAAUGUCGUAUCCAGGGGGCACACCUUGCUAGUGUUUUGUCCCAUGAGGAGCAGCAGUACAUCAACCGCCUUGGCCAAGACUACCAAUGGAUCGGUCUGAAUGAUAAGAUGUUUGAGAAUGAUUUCCGGUGGACAGAUGGUAGUGUUGUGCAAUAUGAAAACUGGAGACCGAACCAGCCAGACAGUUUCUUCUCCUCAGGGGAAGAUUGUGUGGUAAUGAUCUGGCAUGAGGACGGCCAGUGGAAUGAUGUUCCCUGCAACUACCACCUUACCUUUACCUGCAAGAAAGGCACAGUGUCCUGCAGUCAGCCUCCUCUUGUCCAUAACGCCCGCACAUUUGGCCAGCCGCGCCCACGCUAUGAGAUCAACUCCCUGAUCAGGUACCAGUGCAAAGAUGGCUUCAUCCAGAGACAUGUUCCCACCAUUCGCUGCAGAGGAGACGGCUCAUGGGAUUUGCCUAGGAUUUCCUGCAUGAAUCCGUCCAACUUCCAAAGGUCAUAUACAAACCGAUAUCAAACAUACAGAGUUUUUCGCAGUCAUCGGAAGAGAUCUGCAGAAAAUUCUGUUGAUGUACCACGACGACACCAUCACCAUGGUGUAAAACGCAAUCGGACACAACAAUAGUUGCUAUGGUGACAACCAUAAUGCAAGGGCCCUUUUAAUGUAUUUUGAUAGCAUGUGACGGACCUGCCUGCUGGCUGAAAGAAAAAUAAAAUGAAAGAAAAGGUUAUGAAAAGGAUCAGAAAAAGGGUCAACAUAGAGUGGAAUAUCACUGGAAUAAAACAGUGCUUUUUUCUGUGUUUUUAUUUUUUAAGAGAGAUGGUUUUUGAAAACUAUAAAAAGGACACAUUCAGCUGGCCUCUGAAAACACAAAAAGAUUAUCUGACCUUCCCUCCAUCUGUUCUGCUUCUUCUUACGCAGAAUGCGCAGUGCCUUCGUAAAUUAUAACUCACAAUCCAGAGGUAGUGAGCUAUAAUAGUGCAGCCAGAAUAAUAUUAUACAAUUCAUGGGAUUUUAGCCUGUAAACAUAAUGGUACAUUUUUAACACACUAAAAAUUGCCUAUGAUUCCUUUCAAUCUUUUUUCAAGUUUACAAGAACCACAGGUGUAUGCAGACAGCCUGCUGCUUACUGAACAAAUGAGAAAUCAUACAUAUGAAUGUGAAAGAAUAUAUAUUUAUAUAGAGAGAGUGAGCAAUGGCUCACGUUGAGUUAGUGGUUGUUUUGGUAGAAAAAAGGUCAAUGAUAUAUAUAUAUAUAUAUAUAUAUAUAUAUAUAUAUAUAUAUAUAUAUAUAACUGUAUGCAAUGUGGAUGGGUUUGAUAUCUGAAAGUCAACACAAUAUGUUUAAUACUUUAAGGUAUUCAAUAUUGAAAAGCCAUGUAGAUCUUAGAUUAUUUAUAUUCCUCUAUUUGAUAUCUCUUUCAAGUGUUUACAAUGCAAAUCCUGUUCAACAUACAUUUAAUUCCACCAAUUUUUUUUUUUUUUUUUUUACAUCUUUACAUCUUAUUGUAUGUAUUUCACACCAUUUCAACUUUCAUCAACUUCAACUUUUUUUCUUUUUUUUUCUUGGACAUUUUAAAACUACUUUAAAGAGAAUGUACUUUGUGAGAUGCUUAAAAGACUUGAACAAAUGUCUUUUUAACAAGAUGCCUAUAAUUUAUUAUUUGAGCUGCUCCUUGUCUUCUCAUGGUUGUAGUAAAAUACAACACACUGAGGAUUUAACUUGGCCAAACUGCACAUUUACAGAAUUCAGUAUAUUAGUGUAAAGGACAGUUUGUCAAAAGCUGGCAUUGAUGUGACUAACAGACAACAUUUGCAACUCACAGAAUUUAGAUGGAUUUUGUUAUGACAUUUGGGGUGUAUCAAUGGACCAAAAGAAGAGGAUUCAUAGUAACAGCUUUAACAGCAAUGUGUUGUCAUCCAUUUGUUUAUUCCCAAGCAUUUUUCUUUGAGAUCUUUUCUUUUGUGUGUUUACUUUUUUUUUUUUUUUUUUUUGGAAAGUGCACAUAUCUUUUUUAUAUUUAUAGUAUAACUUGUUUAUUGUCAAAUGUGUUUGUCUAGAAUGUUUGUGAAAUGGAAAAAAUUGUAAGGAACGUUUUUAUGCCUUCUAUGUAAACAAAGUUUAUUAUAUUCUA